AUGAAUUCUCCGGGUGGCAGAGGGAAGAAGAAGGGCUCAGCCGGCUCCAGCUCCGCGCCCCCGGCUGCCGGGGCUUCACCCUCCUCGCCGCCCGGGCCAGGCCCCCCCGUGCCGCCGGCGGGGGCGGCGGCAGCAGCGGCGUCCCCCCACAAGAGGAACCUGUACUACUUCUCGUACCCGCUCUUUGCAGCCUUCGCCCUGCUCCGCUUCGUCGCCUUCCAGCUGGGCCUGUUCUUCGCCUGGCUCUGCGAGCGCCUCUCCCGUGGUGCCCUUAUGGCAUCCAAGGGCAGCAGGGCCGGGGCCGGCGACGCUCUUGAGCCCGGCGGGGCGCCCGAGACGGUGCGGGCCUGUCACAAGCGGGCCUUCGAAUGCAUCUCCAUGGCGCUGCGUAUCGACGAGGACGAGAGAGCAGGACAAAAGGAACAAGCUGUUGAAUGGUAUAAGAAAGGAAUUGAAGAACUGGAAAAAGGAAUAGCUGUCUUAGUAAUUGGUCAAGGUGAUCACUACGAACGGGCUCGACGUCUGCAGGCUAAAAUGACGACAAAUUUGGCAAUGGCCAAGGAUCGCUUGCAGCUUUUAGAGAAGCUGCAGGCAGUUUUGCAAAUUUCCAAGCCGCAAAUGGAGGUCUAUAAUGACAGUACUAACCUGGCAUGCCGCAAUGGACAUCUCCAGUCAGAAAGUGGAGCAGUUCCAAAAAAGAAGGAUCCCUUAACACACACUAGUAAUUCUCUUCCUCGUUCCAAAACUGUUGCAAAAACUGGAUCCAUAGGCCUUUCUGGUCACCAUAGAACACCUAGCUGCAGUGGGAUAUCAACUUCUGUGUCAAGACCAGCACCCAAUCCUCCAGCUUCAACUCAUAAGGCUGUUCCUAAAAAUAACAGAACGAAUAAACCUUCUACUCCUACCACUGCUCCUCGGAAAAAGAAAGAAGUGAAGAGAUUUAGAAAUGUAGACAGUAAUCUUGCCAAUCUUAUCCUGAAUGAAAUUGUUGAUAGUGGGCCAGCUGUCAAAUUUGAUGAUAUCGCAGGGCAGGAGCUGGCUAAACAAGCUUUACAAGAAAUUGUUAUCCUUCCUUCUCUUAGACCUGAGUUAUUUACAGGGCUUAGAACUCCUGCACGUGGUUUAUUGCUGUUUGGCCCACCAGGAAAUGGGAAGACAAUGUUGGCCAAGGCAGUUGCUGCAGAAUCAAAUGCUACUUUCUUCAAUAUAAGUGCAGCAAGCCUAACUUCAAAAUAUGUAGGUGAAGGGGAGAAACUGGUUCGUGCUUUAUUUGCAGUAGCCAGAGAACUUCAGCCUUCUAUAAUUUUUAUUGAUGAAGUUGACAGCCUUCUGUGUGAAAGAAGAGAAGGUGAACAUGAUGCUAGUAGGCGUCUGAAAACAGAGUUUUUAAUAGAAUUUGAUGGUGUGCAGUCUUCUGGAGAGGAUAGAAUACUUGUGAUGGGAGCAACGAACAGGCCACAGGAGCUUGAUGAUGCUGUUCUGAGACGGUUCACCAAACGAGUAUAUGUGUCUUUACCAAAUGAGGAAACAAGACUGGUUUUGCUGAAAACUCUUCUAAGCAAACAAGGAAGCCCAUUAACACAAAAAGAGUUAGCACAACUAGCUAGAAUGACAGAUGGAUAUUCUGGCAGCGAUUUAACUGCAUUAGCAAAGGAUGCAGCACUGGGCCCUAUUCGAGAACUAAAACCAGAACAGGUGAAGAACAUGUCUGCCAGUGAGAUGAGAAAUAUCAAACUAUCAGACUUCACUGAGUCUUUGAAGAAGAUAAAGCGCAGUUUGAGCCCUCAGACCUUGGAAGCAUAUAUUCGCUGGAACAAGGACUUUGGAGACACCACAGUGUGAAACUCUACUUGAAGUGAAACAAAGUGCUGCCAAAGGAGGAGUAGGUACAGACUACUGGAAAGCAGCCAGAGUUUACAGGACUUUACAGAUCUUUAAGUAUCUGCAUUGAAACUUGAGAUGAUGGAAAAAAAUUAAUCCAAUGUGAAAUGUGUUCAUCGAAGCCUCCUUGCCAUUUAGUGAGGAUUUACACACUGUAAGUAAGAGCACAACAGAACUUGAGACAAGAUUUCUAGCAAUCUGAUUAUGGUUUGAACAAGAACGUAUGUAUUUUGUUGCAGCUAGAAGGCUCUGAUGGUAUUGAUCAUUGGAAAACCUUUUCCUUAUGUUGUGUGUGUGUGUGUGUUUCUGGUUUUAAUUUUGCUAUGAUGUUGGUGUCUGGCUUUCUUCCUUAUAACUACUAACUUACAAUUGGAGCUUUGUAAACUUUGGUUCAGUUUUUGGUUUUGUUUUUUUUUUUUAUCCUUAAUGUGCCAAAUAAAAGAAUUUUCCCUAUGCAGAAAAAAAAAAAGCACUGCAUGGGGAAAUGAUGCUUAUUAAAAUGUAAAAAGCAGCUGGUCUGUUAUUGCUUGUCUUUUUGUUUAGUUGUAACAUGGCUUUGUUGUUCACAGAACAGUUUUAAAGAAGGCUUUAGGUAGCAGAACAGCAAAAAAACCCCAACCCUAUAAAACCAAUUCCAAAUGUCCUUUUAUAAAAAGCAAAUGACUCAAUAAAAAAAUAGGCUAUGACAUCCA